AUGGCAGAUGACUACCACCAGCCAGGCAUAGCCGCUUUCCAGGGCUACGUCCCCAUCCUUCCACGACCUCUUGCCAGAAGUGAGAAUCAAGCAAAUGCACAAAUCGAUGCUCCAGGAAACGCCCACGCUGUUUCGAUGCAGACGCCAGCCUCCGAUCCUGUUCCUAGAGCCCUUCGUACAACCUGCGAAACUUGCCGUCUUCUUCACCGCACCUGCCGCGGUGGAUCACCUACCAAACCCUGCGACGGAUGCGUUAAGAGAAAGGCAAUUUGCGUCUUCAAACCUCUCGGUUCGUUCGUCAAGAAGAGAAACAGAAAGCGCAAGCACGAUCCCACCACAGGAGAAGAGCCUGGAGCAGUUCCCAAAAGGGUGGCCAAGAAUGGCACAGUUCAUGCACCUGGUUUCGAUCCCCUUUCUCUCGGCCUUCGUAUUAGAUGCAACUACUGCCAUCUACGUGCCCGCUCAUGCAUUAACGGAUCCAACACUACUCCCUGUGACAACUGCAAGCAGAGAAACUUGAUCUGCGAAUUCGGCCCCCGCAAAUCAAUCGUCGACAAGGAGACCUUCCGCACCAUCAUAGACGAAGACCAGACUCAAGAGCAGAGCUUGCGCAAGACCACGGACGAAGGCCACACUCAAGAGCACAACUUGCGCCAGCUCACUGACGAGAACUACACUCAUGAGCACAACUUGGGCAAGAUCUCAGGCGAGAACUACUAUCACGAGUACGACAAUGCUGCAUUUGCUCGCCUAUUCGACAGUAAGGAGCAGAACUACACUCAAGAGCACGGCUUGCGCCAGCUCACAAACGAAGUCUACACCCAAGAGUACGAUGAUGUUGCGAUUGCUCGCCUAUUCGACACCACGGAGCAGAACUACACUCACGAGCACAACUCGCACAAGACCACAUAUGAGAAUUACUAUCACGAGUACAACGAUGCUGCAGUUGCUCGCCCAUUCGACGUCAAGGAGCAGAAUUACACUGAACAGCACAACUACGCUCAACAGCACAACUACACUCAACAGCACAACUACACUCAACAGCACAACUACACCCAACAGCACAACUACUAUCACGAGUACAACUACUAUCACGAGUACAACGAUGCUGCAUUUGCUCGUCCAUUCGACAUCAAGGAGCAGCAGCAGGUGGAGGUUGAACAAGACAAAGUUGGUGAGCCAAAGGUUGGCAUGUUGAUGGUUCCGGGCAACGAUGGUCAGGACAUCAGCAUGUCUGCGCACUUGUCACUUCUACGCACUCAACAACAACCACUGCUUGUCGUCUCAGCACUGAAGAUGUCUUUCUUCCACAACGACACCAGCGACGUUGAGAUGGAUCAGCAAUGGGAGUACGACUACCCAGACAUGGCUGCCGCCCUCUUCGACAAUGAUGGUAUCUCAUCUGGCCACCUGAGCAACCGUCUGCCCCCAAGCCCAAUCUACCUGUCACAUGAACCCAUCCACUUCGUUGAACAAACCAUGCCCUCCACUUCGUCCAACUCCCAACCAUUAAUGGCCGUGACUCCCGCCCUCGAGUGCCUUCGAAGCUGCAACACUGCCCUCCGCACUGCGUACCAGCUGCCCAAGACCGACACCACUGAGGGUCCCAUGUACACUGAAGACAAUCCUAACUUGAGUCCAGGCAUGAACAAGAGCUCCAGCAUCUCUGUUCCCCUGACUCCUGUCGAGCGCUCUGACACUGUUCACCAAAUCGAAGAGCAGUCCGCGUCUCUGCCUUCUCCCGAGGAUGGCUAUGACCCCUAUGGGGCUCACAUUCUCAGCCAGAUGUCCGACAUUGCGCAAUCCCCCAAUCCAGAACCAGAGCCAAGAUCCCAGGCGUUCGUGCUACCUGCGAGGCUUGUAGAAAGCUCAAGGUCAAGUGCCUGCCGGCACAUGACGACGGCCCUUGCCAAAAGUGCACCAAGAAGGGCGAACGCUGCAUCCGCAUGCCUCGCGCUGCCUACGGUUCUAGAACCAAGAGGCGUUGAGCUUGCAAUGAGUGCUCUCUAUCCCAUCAUUGGGCGCGCUCUCUUACUCUCUCUUUUGGCUCAUCCCAGACAUUCUUGUCCGGCCUCGCACAUCGUCUUUCACUUUCAACUACUCUCAACAUCAACACCUCUUGUUCGCUUGCAAUCACCCUCAUCGACCACUCCAACCAACAAGCCCCCAUCACAACGCUCUUCUCUGUCAUUAUUCAGGUCGCUGGCAAGACAGUCACAUGAGCGAGGUGUUUCUCUGGUUUCUGGCGUUACAGACCUCGCGUUUUUAGAUGGUUGGGUUAUCUCAGGAGCUCAGGCUUGA